AACGGAAACCCUGAGCGUGCGUAAUGCCGUGUUUUUCGUUAUCCCUGUUUUGUUAGCUAAUUUGGCUAGCAGAUGUCGACAGGUCGAAUUUAUUUCCAGAAAACAAUGUGUGUGUAAAGAGUGUUCCAACGCCACUCCCAGACAAAGAGGAGAAUGGCUCAUCGAGGCACUCCACCUCAGCUGUCCCAACAGACCCAAGACCUGGAGCGUGACAGUGACUCCGACUGGGACUCUGGCGUCGGUGAUGACGUUGACUGUUGCCACCGAAGCCCGGAGAACGAAGAGGAUCACAACAACCAAGAUGCCACUGAAGACUGCAUUGGGGCAGCAGCACAUUUUACUGUUUUUGUUGCCUUUCAAGGGAGUAUGGAAGAUGAAGACUUCACAAUUAAACUUGAUACUGUCCUCCGUGGUAUACCCAGCAUGCUUGAUAUGGAAUCAAAGACGCUUCACCCACAGCUUGUCGAGCCGUGGAACAGUGUGCGUGUUACCUUCAACAUUCCACGGGAUGCUGCUGAACGACUGAGGCUGCUGGCUCAGAACAACCAGCAGCAGCUCAGAGACCUGGGAAUUCUUUCUGUGCAAAUUGAAGGAGAGGGGGCCAUCAACGUUGCAGGGGGACCAAAUCGGGGACAAGAAGUCAGAGUUAAUGGACCAAUUGGAGCAGCUGGCCAAAUGAGAAUGGAUGUGGGAAUUCCAAGUCAGCCUGGUCCAGUAGGGGUGAGGAUGUCAAAUCCUUCGAUGGUCCCGACAGGCUCAGCCAUAGCAGGCCAAGCUCUCAUGCCAGGCAACGGUGGACAGAUGCAUCCUCGUGUUCCAAGACCAUCUUCACGGACAGAUGUCAUGGAUCCAAUGAUGCCAGGCAUGUCAGUUCAGCAGCAGCAACUUCAACAUCAACAGGCUGGUCCCCAUGGUCCCAUUCUUCCCCAGGCUGCCCAUCACAUGCAGGCUUUGCAGUCUGGUAGACCAAUCAACCCUGCUUCUUUACAGCAGCUUCAACAACAUCACCAACAGCAACAAGCCCAACAGCAAGCACAAUUCUCUCAGCUUGGAGCGAGACCUCCAUUCAACCAACCGGGCCAAAUGGCUAUACCUCCUGGCUGGAACCCCUCUGGAGUCCUCCAGACACCGGCCGCCCAAGGAGGUCCUGCCUGGAGGAAGCCUCCACCUCAAGCCCAGAUGGUUCAACGCCCUCCUUCCCUUACUACAGUACAGACGCCCAGUCACCCUCCACCACCUUAUCCAUUUGGUAGCCAACAGGCAGGUCAGGUAUUCAGCGUAAUGGGACAAGGACAAUUGCAGCAGCAACAACAACAGAUGGCAAUGGGUCAGUUUGCUGCACCCCAGCCUAAAGCCCCACAGGUUGUCCCAAGUGGUGUUGUAGGACCACCAAGACCACCUCCACCCAUUCCACCCACUAGUGGCCCACAGGGGAAUCUCGCUGCCAAAUCCCCGGGGUCGUCGUCAUCUCCUUUUCAACAGGGUUCACCUGGAACUCCCCCAAUGAUGGCUCCGAGACCUACAACUCCACAGGGUUUUCCACAGGGUGUUAGCUCACCAGGAAGAGCAACCCUCAACCAACAAGGUAACAUGCAACAAGGAUUCAUAGGAAUGCCUCAACAUGGACAACCUGGAACACAAGUUCAUCCAGGUAUACCGAAGAGGCCAAUGGGCUUUCCAACCCAAAACUUUGCCCAAGGUCAGGUGGGUACCACCACGUCAGGAGCCCCUGGUGCAGGAUCUAGUCAGCAGCUACAGAGCAGCCAAACAUUGACUCAUACUGGAGUCCAGCAGUCAUCCUCAACCCCAAACUCAAUCCAUGCCCAACCCAAUGUUAUGGGUGUACAAGGUGGCAUUCCAGGUCAGUCCCCGGGCACAGCUAGUGGGUCUAACAUGACCCAGCAACAGCAACAGCAGCAGCCAGGCCUUCAGACGCCGAUGUUGGGCCUCCAGCAUCAGGCCCAACCCGUGUCCUCCUCCCCCAGCCAGAUGGUUCAAGGCCAGGGUGGAGGUCAGACUGUCCUCUCAAGGCCCCUCAGUCAAGGGCAGAGAGGAGGGAUGACCCCACCCAAGCAAAUGAUGCCUCAGCAAGGCCAGGGGGUGAUUCAUGGGCAGGGUCAGAUGGUUGGAGGCCAAGGACAUCAGGCAAUGCUCCUGCAACAACAACAACAACAACAACAACAACAGCAGCAGCAACAGCAAAAUUCCAUGAUGGAACAAAUGGUUGUAAGCCAAAUGCAAGGCAACAAACAGCCAUUUGGAGGAAAAAUACCGUCUGGGGUUAUGCCUGGCCAGAUGAUGCGUGGCCCUUCACCAAAUGUUCCAGGUAACAUGGCUCAAUUCCAGGGCCAAGUCGGCCCACAGCCAAUGACACCACAACAACAGCAGCAGCAGCAAAUGGCUCAUAUUCAACAACAACAGUUGCAACAGCAACAGCAGCAUCAACUGCAACAGCAACAGAUUCAGCAGCAACACCACCACCAGCAGAUGAAUCAGCAGCAGCCUCAACAGGUUCCACUUACUGUCAAUCCUAAUCAGAUGAUGGGUAUGCACGGACAACAACAUUUGAGGCUUCCUGCUGGUCACCCUCUGAUCCAACAACAGUUGCAACAGCAGCAGUUACAUCAGCAGCAGAAACAGCAGCAGCAAGUAAUGUUGCAACAGCAGCAGCAGCAACAGCAGCAGCAACAGCAGACCGCUCAACCACACCCACAUCAAUUGGGAGAUCCCAAUAGUGGGACAGGCGAUUUGGGGGUCCAACAGAUGGUCCCUGAUAUGCAGGUACAGCAGGCUCAAAGCAUGAUUGGUGGACCUCAGCACAUGCAAAUGGGAAAUGGACACUUUGCAGGUCAUGGCAUGAACUUUAACUCCCAAUUCCCGGCUCAGGUUCCUAUAGGGGGGCCUUGUGCACAGGCAGGUGGUUUUCCUGUCAGUAAAGAUGUAACAUUGACAAGCCCCCUGCUGGUAAAUCUCCUGCAGAGUGAUAUCUCAGCCAGCCAGUUUGGACCAGGAGGAAAGCAAGCUGGUGGAAGCAAUCAGGUCAAACCCAAAAAGAAGAAACCUGCCCGAAAGAAGAAGCCAAAAGAUGGAGAAGGACCCCAGCAAGUCGAGGGACCUGGAGGUCUGGAUGUGAGUGGUAUGGAGGAUUCUGAAGUGCAAAAUUUUGCUGGAGAACAGAGUUUGGGCCUGGACAACUCGGGCCAAAAGCUUGCUGACUUUCCCAAUAGGCCUGCAGUAUUCACUGGCCAACCAGGUGAUCAAAGGAUAUUGCAGCAGGUACCAAUGCAGUUUAUGCAGCAGCAGCAGCAGCAACAACAACAAAUUCAACACAUGCAACAGCAGCAGCAAAUCCAACAGCAGCAGCAAAUCCAACAGCAGCAGCAAAUCCAACAGCAGCAGCAAAUUCAACAGCAGCAAAUUCAACAACAACAAAUGCAGCAACAAUUACAACAGCAGCAGAUGCAGCAACAGCAAAUGCAACAGUUGCAGAUGCAAGGUCUCCAGAAUGCUCAAGGGCAGCAGGGUAUGACAGGACCACAGACCACAGUUCAAGGCCAACCCCAGGUACACCAUCAGCUGCAACAGCAGCAGGGUCAACAGCAACAACUACAACAACAGCAACAGCAGCAGAUGUUAAUGAUGCUUAAGAUGCAGCAAGAGCAGAAAAAUCGCAUGUCCAGCGCUUCAGGAAGUCAACUUCCUCCUCGUGUCAUUGGCAAUCAACCUGAGGCACAGAGACUCCCAGUCUCACAGCAAGGGAACAUGCCUGUCAUGAUCAGCCUUCAAGGACAUGCGGGAUUAGCGCAGUCUCCUGACAAAGCAAGAGGGAUGCCCUUGAUCAUAAAUCCCCAGCUUGCAGGUGCUGCACGACGAAUGUCCCUCCCUGAGUCGACGCAGGGUCCGCAAGGCACUGGAUCUGAUGAGACAACAUCUGGGAUCCACCCAAAGCAAGAUAAACCAAGCGGUGCAGAAAGUGGCAUGCAGCCUGGAAAUGGCGGCCAACAGAUGAUGGCCAACCAGGGUUCCACAACACACGUGAUGAAGCAAGGCACUGUUCCAUCAUCAGUGACGCAGCACACUGGAGCCAGUCCACAACAACAACAAUUGCCCACUCAACCUCAACAAGGAGGACCCAUGUCUGGCAUUCAUUUCCCUAACGUUCCCACAACUUCACAGAGUUCCAGACCAAAAACUCCCAACAGGGCCAGCCCCAGGCCAUAUCAUCACCCCCUCACCCCAACUAAUCGUCCUCCAAGCACUGAGCCCUCAGAAAUCAACCUUUCGCCAGAAAGGCUCAAUGCUUCAAUUGCAGGGCUAUUUCCACCUAAAAUCAACAUUCCUUUGCCACCCAGGCAGACAAACUUAAACAGAGGAUUUGACCAACAGGGCCUCAACCCAACAACUUUGAAAGCCAUUGGACAGGCGCCUCCAAACUUAACUUUACCAGGCAACAACAGCAACAGCGGAAAUGGUGGAAAUAGCACGAGCAACAGUCAGCAACCUUUCUCGACUGGUACUGGUGGGGCAGGCACUAAACCCGACAAGCAUUCUGGAGGACAGAAUAAAAGGGCAAGUCCUAGCAAUAGUCGUAGGUCAAGCCCAGCUUCGAGUCGCAAGUCAACCACACCAAGUCCUGGAAGACAGAAGGGGGCAAAAGUGGCCAUCACAUGUCCUCCCCAACCUCAACAGCUGGUUAAUGCUCAGGGGCAAACUAUGAUGCUAAGUCCUUCUUCAGUGACGCCAAGUCCAGUAUCCAUGGCGUCACAAUUAAGUGGCAACAUGGAGAUGCAACAAACCCAGAGUCCCCUCCAUGGUUUACAAGGUAACCCUCCUGAGGGCAUCAAAGAAAGUCAUAUAAUGAUGGCAUCCGAGCAACGUCAAAUAUCUCAGCCUCAACCACAUCCUCAGCCUGUGCGGGAGUUAUCGGCACCAAGAAUGACAAGUCCUCGUCCUCCCGCUCCUCAGCAGCCGAAAUCUGACUUGGAGUUGCAAGCUGGGACAGUCGAUAGGCAGUCAACACACAAAGCACCACUGCAGGACUCUGGGGGUUCAGUGGCUGUCAGGGCUGCUCCCACUUCUCUGAACCAGCUUCUGGACGUCCCGAACAAGCCUCAUCAACCUGUGCAUGGUACUUUGGUUCGGGACGUUAUGGCAAAAAACAGCCCUCAGUCAGCCAUGGAUCCAGAGAGACAACAUCACUUAGACACUCAGAGUACAGACACGCUCGCCCCUGUUGCUACUUCUGCCGCUCCUAAUGAAUCAGAAGUUAAAUCCAAGCCUCCUGUGUCAGCUCCUAUUAGCAGUCACAGCAUGCAUCCUCAUGUGACCUUCAAUGCCGCUCCUAGCAAUAACCAAAACCCAUUAUCCUCUCCAGGUAUCAGUUCCAGUCUGAGUACAAUGACUAGCCUUUGUUCUACCUUCACUAACACUAAUGUUGUCCAGAGUGUAAGCUCUAAACCAGUUAAUUCCACUCAGGGCAGUCAUUCGAUAGCAGUUAGCAGCAGUUCUAAUGCCAGCUAUAGUGCAAACCAAGCCGGCGUGAUGCUCAAGCCCGGCAUGGGCCCGAAACCUAUUACAAGUGUGCACUCAGUCAUACAGAUUCCUACUUCAUCCAGCUCAAUUCCUCCCAACCAGAUCACCGUAUUUGUCACACCUAACCCAGUGACUUCUACACCGACAUCUCAAGUUCCUACAUCCGUGGUCUCCACGAUGGUAACUCUUCCAAACAAGAAUAUUCGGCCGCAGGAUAUCCGACAUCAGACACCUGUAACUCGACCGCCUCAGUUUAUCACCACCACCCCUGUUUUUAUCAACCCAAUCUUUCAAGUCCCAAGUACGUCUGUGUCGCCCAAUACCACAGGAGUUUCUCAGUCAGUCACUAUGGUGGGACCUAUCCAAGUAUCUACGUCAAACAUCCAACUUUCUACCGCCACUAGUUCCACACAAUCCUCUGUGGCAAAUAUAAGCACAUCUCAACUUGCACGAAGCACCGUUGGACACCUUCAGACUGUCUCCAAUGUCUCUUCAGCCACCCCAAUUGAUGCACAUUCAGGUCCUCAGCAAAUCAACCAUGGUGCUCUUAAAGUUGAAAAUAUAGUUGACGCUCAGAAAUCAGGUUCAGCAGUCAGCCAGCCAUCUCAUUCAAGCCCUUCAACGUCCACCUCUUUCCAACCUCCCAUUGCAUCUCCGCCUUGCACAAGCCCUAGCAGUAUGCACACACUUCGAAAGGACCUCAUGUCUGCCGCUCCCACUGCGCAGUUAAAAAGUAAGCCGGCGCAGGUGGCCGUAGCUCUUUCUGGAACAGCUGAUUCCCAGAUACCUGCUCAAGUGUCCAGUGUGGCUGCUCCUCCACCACAUGUCUUCCACCCUUCUGCUAGUUCCGUUAUUCCAACUGAAGCUGCAGUGGACCACACAACUCAUGCCACUCCAAACCAUACAACACCAGCAAUCUCCUCUUUUACUUCGGCUCCUGGGCAGGUUACUGUUCCAACACAGGCACCAUUGCCUUCUACUCCUUCAUUGUCAAACUGCACCCAGGCUGCAACGUCUCAAAAUCCCAUCACGAGUGUAGUUGGUACCACCGUUGCAGUCUCCUCUACAUCAUUGCUCUCUACAGUCAGUCCGGUAAAGAAUCCAGUACCGUCCGUGGUUCCAAUUGUUGCCAUGCCUGGACUGAUUCACGAGACCCCACCCACAAAUUCAUCUGUUGCUAGCACCGGCAGAGUUCCUCUUUCUCAGACCGGACCUGUGUCUUUUGAGCCUGCUGUUACACAAGCACUGGCUCCUCCUGAAACUAUUCAGACCACACCAGAAUCUGUUCAGCAAGAUGCUUCACAAGAACCUGUUGCUGUUGAGAAGACAAGUGAAGAGAUCUUAACAAGUCCUGAUCAGGGAUGGGCAAAGAAAAGAAAGACGCCCAUCAACUUAGUUCCAAGGGCUGCUGUGGAGAAACCCAAGGGGCCGAGUAGACGCAGCUCUCGAGCAGAGAAGGAGGUGGAGGAAGAGCCAGUAGCAGAAAGUGGUGUCAGGAAGCGAUCAGCACGGCCUGGAACAACUGCUGCUGCUGUUAAAGAAACUGGAGCCAGCCCCACUCAGGCCAAACGAAGGAAGUCAAAAUAGGAGCAAAAUUCUGCUUUGACCACUGUUAUGUUUCUGUAUUCUGCUGUGAAUCACUUGAUUUGGAUUUCUCUGUCCGACCUUUUUUUUUUUUACUCGAGCAAGAAAUCAUGUACAGAUUGUUUUUUAAAAAAUGAGAUGCGUUGUCCGUCCUGUAAUGUGAGAUUGUAGUUAAAAUGUGUGCAAAUGUUUUUUGUUACAUGCUGGAUUAAUCAUGUUUAGACUGAUAAUGGAGCUUGUCUUGUUUGCAAAAUUGUUAAAACUGAAUAAAAUUUUCUACCGUU